AUGAUGCUGUCCCGCUCCUCUGUCGGCCGCCACGCCCAGCGCGCCCUGCGUCGCCAAUGCGCCCAGCCCGCCAACCGCCGCGGCCUCGCAGCUCCGGCUUCAGGCUCUUUCCACUACGAGACGGGCGAUGCCAAUGGCGUCAAGUUCGCCAGCCGCGAUCUGGCUGGCCCUACCACCACUCUCGCCCUGGUUGCGAAGGCCGGCACGAGGUAUCAGACUCUGCCCGGGCUGACGGAGGGUCUGGAGAAGUACGCUUUCAGGAACACCCACAGGAGGUCUGCACUCCGCAUCGUCCGCGAGUCGGAGCUCCUCGGCGCUGAGCUUCUUUCCUACCACUCCCGCGAGAACCUCGUCGUCGGUGCCAAGUUCCUCCGCGAUGACCUGCCCUACUUCGUCGAGCUCCUCGCCGAGGUUGCUAGCCAGACCAAAUACGCCCCGCACGUCUUCCACGAGGAGGUCUUGCCGCUGAUCAAGCUGGCCCACAAGAAGAACCUCGCCAGCACCGACUCGAUGGCCCUGAACUCCGUCCACGGCCUCGCCUUCCACCGUGGCCUGGGCGCUCCUCUGGUCCCCACCUCCUCGACGGCCUACUCAAAGUACCUCGACGCCGACAGCAUUGCCGAGUACGCUGCUCAGGCUUAUUCCAAGAGCAACUUCGCCGUCGUCGCCAACGGCACCGAGCAGGCUGAGCUGUCUAAGUGGGUUGGCGAGUUCUUCACCGAUGUUUCCUCCGCCCAGGGCCUCGAGAGCCCCAAGGCCAAGUACUUCGGUGGUGAGGAGCGCAUUUCUCACGGCAGCGGCAACACCAUGGUCCUCGCUUUCCCUGGCUCUAGCUCCAUGACUGGUGGUGCCUACAAGCCCGAGGUUGCCGUUCUUGGCUCUCUCCUUGGUGGCAAGUCUCAGAUCAAGUGGUCUUCUGGUUUCUCGCUGCUCGCCAAGGCUUCCGAGAAGUUCUCUGGCGCCAGCAUCGACACCAAGAGCCUCAUCUACUCCGACGCUGGCCUGCUCAGCGUCAUGAUCAACGGCUCCGCUAAGGACGUUGCCGCCUCCGCCGAGGCCGCUGUCAACGCCAUCAAGGAGAUUGCCGGUGGUAACAUCAACAAGGAGGACAUCCAGAAGGCCAAGGCCCGCGCGAAGUACCUGGAGCUCGAGUCCGGCCAGUCUCUGUUCACUGGUCUGGAGCUGACCGGCUCCGGUCUCGUCCAGGGCGGUAAGGCUUACCAGCUCGACGAGUCGGCCAAGGCCAUUGACGCUGUCUCCGAGGAGGAGCUGAAGAAGGCUGCCAAGGACCUGCUCGAGCAGAAGGCUUCCGUGUCUGCCGUCGGCGACCUCCACGUGUUACCGUUUGCCGAGGAGCUGGGCCUCAAUGUGUAA